GAGGGGAAAAUUGCUCAUGCACGACUGCUAUGUGAGGGCAUACAUAAUAGGGUGGAUGGGGGGCUUCCAAGUGGGUCUCCCCUCACGCGGGGGAAUAAACACACGUCUGUUGAUAUGUAUAUGCACACGCACACACAUACGCAUUUGUGUGUAUGCCUGCUCGCAGGUAUUACCCCUUUUUUUUAUGAGCAUAAAAAAAAAAAAUGUAAAGCUGCUUCAUAUCCUCCACACAAUGCGCAUUUUACCAAAAGGGUCCAUUGCAACAACACACUUGAUCACACUUUGGUGAAAAGUUUUUAAAAAAAAAGAGACGCAUAACCCAUGACAGUUGACGUACGGGGCUAAAUCACACACACCUCCGUUUUGCCAUGGACUUGAUAAGGGAAUAUUAUUCAAAUUGCCUACACGCCUGUACUCCUGAGAAGUACGUAAUAGAUCAGAGCGAAAUAGAAUUUUCCACCGCGGGAAAAAGCAGCUUAAGACUUAAAGUCAUCGACUGGUACUACACCACUGCAGGGAGCUUUAGUGUUAAGGAGGGUCACACUCGGAACGUUGGACCUAGCCAAAGGGAUAAAAAAAAACAAUUACGAAAGUUAAGUCGAAAGAGGACACGUUGUGAACAUUUUGACCGCAUGAGAGUUAUGGAAAAUGUCCUCUUAAUCAGCGAUCGGGAAAGUGGCCAAGAGGGCAAAGAGGGGGAGCGCCAUAAGAAGGGACAGCUAAAUACGUGCGAACAUGCUAACACUAAUGGAAGCACUUUCAAUUGCAUAAAUGGGAGAAACCCAUCGAACCAAACCGAACGCAUAUAUGUUGAAAAUACCUUCGACUUUGCAUUAUUGCCAGAAAAUGGUACCCCCCUAAACGAAACGCGCUUAUUUGUGAAGGCCCGCAAAAAGGGCAGACAUAAAAAACGGAGUAAAAAUAAGGUAGUCUAA